AUGGCGCUCGACAACUACUACCAUAAUAAGAUUGAGGCGAUGCAGCUGGAGAUCCUCAAGGGUCAAGCUGUACUCCGUCGUCUCGAAGCCCAACGAAAUGACUACAACUCGCGGGUACGUCUGCUUAGGGAAGAGCUGGGGCUCCUACAACAACCGGGCUCGUACGUCGGAGAGGUGGUCAAGGUUAUGGGCACGAAGAAGGUCUUGGUUAAGGUACAUCCGGAAGGGAAAUAUGUUGUCGAUGUUGCCGACUCGGUCGAUGUCACGAAGCUCACCGUUGGCAAGCGGGUGACACUUCUUUCCGACUCAUACAAGCUCGAGAAAAUCCUCCCAUCAUCCGUUGAUCCACUCGUCUCCCUCAUGAUGGUCGAGAAGGUACCCGACAGCACUUACGACAUGAUUGGUGGUUUGGAUCAACAAAUCAAGGAAAUCAAGGAAGUCAUUGAGCUCGGGCUCAAACAUCCCGAGCUUUUCGAGUCGCUCGGAAUCGCCCAACCCAAGGGCGUGCUCCUUUACGGCCCCCCCGGUACCGGGAAGACCCUUCUAGCCCGUGCCGUGGCCCAUCACACCGACUGCAAGUUCAUCCGAGUGUCGGGUUCUGAAUUGGUGCAAAAGUAUAUUGGUGAGGGCAGUCGCAUGGUGCGUGAGCUAUUCGUGAUGGCGCGCGAGCAUGCGCCAAGCAUCAUCUUCAUGGACGAGAUUGACUCCAUCGGCUCGUCCCGCGUUGAAGGCUCAUCGGGUGGUGACUCCGAAGUCCAACGCACCAUGCUAGAACUCCUAAACCAGCUCGAUGGUUUCGAGCCCACAAAAAACAUCAAGGUCAUCAUGGCCACAAACCGCCUCGAUAUCUUAGACCCCGCUCUCCUUCGGCCCGGGCGUAUCGACCGCAAGAUUGAGUUCCCACCACCGAGCGUUGAGGCCCGCGCCGAUAUCUUGCGCAUUCACAGCCGCAAGAUGAACCUGACCCGCGGCAUCAACCUUACAAAGAUUGCUGAGAAGAUGAAUGGGUGUUCCGGCGCAGAGCUCAAGGGCGUCUGUACCGAGGCCGGAAUGUACGCCCUGCGCGAGCGCCGCGUCCACGUCACCCAAGAGGACUUUGAGCUUGCCACAGCCAAGAUCCUGAACAAGCACGACGACAAGGAAGUAUCGCUGGCCAAGCUCUGGCGCUAA